CGCUCUGUGCACUCAGGGUCGCGAUCCCGGCCCGGCCUCCGAGGCGGGAAGUAAGGCAACAGCCAACACUCUUUGAGGCUGCAAGAAGAGGGGCGGGCUGCCCUGGGACAGAGACAAGGCAGGGACGUUGGCUCCCCACCAACCCACCCGACUGGGAAACAGGAGCAAGAGAUCUCUUUCCAGCUAGCAGCAGCCUAGUGACCAGUACCUUCUCCCAGUCGCCCCCACCCCCUGCCUGGACAGAAGCCACACAGGGAAUCUUCCCCAGGCUGGACAGCAAUUGACCGGUUGGUGCCCUAGUCCCUGGACAGCACCAGCUGCUAUCCCAAGUCUCUGGACUUGCUUGGAUUUCCCCCCCCUCUUUUAAGUGGAAAAAAAAAAGAAAAAAGGGAGGGAGGGGGAAGAGUAGUGGAUUAGGUUUAUUUUGCUUUUAUUUUUGGUCUUUAGCCCCCUGUUGUGGGGUGGUGACUGGGGAGGGGGCCAGGAGCAGGGACGUGCCUAGCGCUGCCCGGUCUUUGUCUGCUGCCUCCGAAUGCACAGCGAUGGGGGAAUGGACCAUCUUAGAGAGGCUGCUGGAAGCCGCCGUACAGCAACAUUCCACUAUGAUUGGGAGGAUCCUGCUGACAGUGGUGGUGAUCUUCCGGAUCCUCAUAGUGGCCAUAGUGGGUGAGACAGUAUAUGAUGAUGAGCAGACCAUGUUUGUAUGCAAUACCCUGCAGCCAGGCUGCAACCAAGCCUGCUAUGACAGAGCCUUCCCCAUCUCUCAUAUCCGCUACUGGGUCUUCCAGAUCAUCAUGGUGUGCACCCCUAGCCUCUGCUUCAUCACCUACUCGGUGCACCAGUCUGCCAAACAGAGGGAACGCCGUUACUCUACUGUCUUCCUCGCCCUGGACAGGGACCCUCCUGAGUCCAUCGGGGGUCCUGGAGGAGCUGGGGGUGGGGGCAGCGGUGGGGGCAAGCGGGAAGACAAUAAGAAGCUGCAAAAUGCCAUUGUGAAUGGAGUACUACAGAAUACCGAGAAUACUAGCAAGGAGAAUGAGCCAGACUGUCUAGAGGUUAAAGAAUUGGCCCCACAUCCAUCAGGGCUGCGCACAGCAGCACGCUCCAAGCUCCGUCGGCAAGAGGGCAUCUCUCGCUUCUACAUCAUCCAGGUGGUUUUCCGUAAUGCCCUAGAAAUUGGGUUCCUGGUAGGCCAAUACUUCCUUUAUGGCUUCAGUGUCCCUGGACUGUAUGAGUGUGACCGCUACCCCUGUAUCAAGGAGGUAGAAUGCUAUGUUUCCCGGCCCACAGAGAAGACAGUCUUUCUUGUAUUCAUGUUUGCUGUGAGUGGCAUCUGUGUUGUCCUCAAUCUGGCUGAACUCAACCACCUAGGCUGGCGCAAGAUUAAGCUGGCUGUUCGUGGUGCACAGGCCAAGAGAAAGUCAGUCUAUGAGAUCCGCAACAAGGACCUGCCUCGGGUCAGUGUUCCCAAUUUUGGCAGGACUCAGUCAAGUGACUCUGCUUAUGUGUGAAAGGAUAGAUGGGGGGGGGGGAGGACUUGGAGAGAUAGCAAGUAGCUUCACUCUCUCCAUCCGAACGUAGGGUAGGGCUGGUUCCAGAGAAACUUUUAAACAAUGGCCUCAAGAAGGGGAGAAGAAAAAAGAAGCCCAAUCCAGUAGAAACACAGGCAAAUGACACACCAUUGACUCUAUAGAGUCAAUUGAGUAAAGAAAUGGCUUCUUGUGUAAAUGGGCCCUCUUUACCUCAUGGGUUGGCAUGACCUGACUAGUAAUGGACACAAAAGGUUACUAGUUAGGACCACAUUGAGCUUUGGCUGGGCCCAGGACAUUGGUGAAUGGUGGGAGUGAAACACUUCCUUGGCAUUAAAAUUGUGAUCAACCUCCUCAUUUUAUCCCCUCUUCCUGGAACAUAGGACAGGCAUCUCUGAAGUGCUCCUCUUCUUCUCCACCAGCAAGCCCCUCCCCAACACCCUGGGACAGUUUGCCAGCUUUUUCUAUGUAUGACCUUACAGCAUACCUACUAUGGCUUUCUUACGAAUCAACCAGAGGGAAUUGUUUGGGGUGCGCUGUUAGGACUGGCUAUUGAAGAGGUUUGCAUUUGAGCCCAGAUUGAAUGGUCCCUACUUAUGAUGAAAAUCUGUAGAAUGUCUCAGAUCUCCAAUUUUCUAACUCAAACUGCACUGGUGCUGUUUA